AUCUUCUGCGCCGUCUUCUUGCUUGAUGUCUCCCGAGCGGCGGCGGCGCCGGGUCGAAGGCUGACUUCUCCGCGAGGCCCCGCGCUCAGGCUGCCUCCUCCCGCCGGUGGGGAGAACGGACCCUUUGCUUCCUCUCGCCUCUGCUCCCGGUCCGUGGCUGCGUCCACCCGCUGGGCUGCACACCGACCCCCGCCCGCCGCGCAGGGAAAUUGAGGCUGAGAUCUGGGACGUGACCUCUCCCCGCAUCCCGGACAGAUCUUUAAACACACCAUUUCCAUGAAGACAGCUUACAAGGACGUGAAUGGCCUCAGUUUAGCUGUAUUGGUGUGCGGAGCUAUUGUUUGCUCCUUCUUUUCCUGUGACUGGUGUGACAGUGGCCCCUGAACACUAUGAAGGUUGUUCCAGAGAAGAAUGCUGUCCGGAUACUCUGGGGACGAGAAAGGGGCACUCGGGCCUUUGGAGCUCAGCGUCUUCUGCAGGAGUUGGUGGAAGAUAAAACCCGGUGGAUGAAAUGGGAGGGCAAGAGAGUAGAACUGCCGGAUAGUCCACGAUCUACCUUUUUACUGGCCUUCAGCCCAGACAGGACUCUCUUGGCCUCCACGCAUGUGAAUCAUAAUAUCUAUAUCACGGAGGUGAAGACUGGCAAGUGUGUUCAUUCUUUGAUUGGACACCGCCGUACUCCAUGGUGUGUCACUUUUCAUCCCACCAUCUCAGGCCUUAUUGCUUCUGGCUGCCUAGAUGGAGAGGUUAGGAUUUGGGAUUUACAUGGUGGCAGUGAAAGCUGGUUCACAGAUAGCAACAAUGCCAUUGCUUCUCUGGCUUUCCACCCUACGGCUCAGCUCCUGCUGAUUGCCACUGCCAACGAGAUCCACUUCUGGGAUUGGAGUCGGCGGGAGCCCUUUGCUGUGGUGAAGACAGCUAGUGAGAUGGAACGGGUCCGUCUGGUGAGAUUUGAUCCUCUUGGACACUACUUACUCACAGCAAUUGUUAACCCCUCCAAUCAGCAGGGUGAUGACGAACCAGAGAUCCCCAUAGAUGGAACAGAAUUAUCCCACUACCGUCAGCGUGCCCUCCUGCAAUCACAGCCAGUUCGCCGGACGCCUCUUCUUCACAAUUUCCUGCACAUGCUGUCCUCCCGCUCCUCUGGCAUCCAGACCGAGCCCUUCCAUCCCCCGGAGCAGGCCUCAUCAACGCAGCAGGACCAGGGCCUCCUGAACCGGCCGUCUGCCUUCAGUACAGUCCAGAGCAGCACUGCCGGCAACACGCUCCGCAACCUCAGUCUAGGUCCCACCCGCCGCUCUUUGGGAGGCCCUCUGUCUAGCCACCCUUCUAGAUAUCACCGAGAAAUAGCUCCUGGACUGACAGGAUCUGAGUGGACCCGGACAGUGCUCAGUCUGAACUCCCGCUCUGAGGCAGAAUCCAUGCCCCCACCCAGGACCAGUGCCUCUUCGGUGAGUCUGCUGUCUGUGCUAAGACAGCAGGAAGGUGGCUCUCAAGCAUCUGUGUACACUUCAGCCACAGAAGGGAGAGGUUUUCCAACUUCAGGGUUGGUGGCUGAGUCAGAUGGAGGGAAUAGUUCCAGCCAAAACAACUCAGGCAGCAUUCGCCAUGAGCUUCAAUGUGACCUAAGGCGCUUCUUUUUGGAGUAUGACCGACUUCAGGAACUGGACCAGAGUCUGAGUGGGGAGGCCCCCCAGACCCAGCAGGCCCAGGAAAUGCUCAACAAUAACAUUGAAUCUGAGAGGCCAGGCCCUUCCCACCAACCCACCCCACACAGCAGUGAGAACAAUUCUAACCUGUCGCGUGGCCACCUGAACCGUUGCCGUGCUUGCCACAAUCUGCUGACUUUCAACAAUGAUACCCUGCGCUGGGAAAGAACCACACCUAACUACUCCUCUGGUGAGGCCAGCUCCUCCUGGCAAGUGCCCAGUACCUUUGAGGGCAUGCCAUCAAGUGGCAGUCAAUUGCCACCUCUUGAGCGGACUGAGGGCCAAACACCCGGCUCCAGCAGGCUGGAGCUGAGCAGCUCUGCUAGUCCGCAGGAGGAGAGGACUGUGGGGGUGGCCUUCAACCAGGAGACAGGCCACUGGGAAAGAAUUUACACCCAGUCCAGCAGAUCUGGAACUAUAUCACAGGAGGCCUUACAUCAGGAUAUGCCUGAGGACAGCUCUGAGGAAGAUUCACUCAGGAGAUUUCCAUGAAGACAGCUUACAAGGAC